CCCCCGCCCCCGCCGGGAAAGAGAAGCGAAGACAAGAGUAUAUGCCAUGUUAUCCCCUCGCGUCGUCAGGCCGCAGCCCCACGACGGCGCGGCCUCCGCCGGCUCCUCCUCGUCGCGGCGCCACAUGGUGGACCGCGUGUCCGAGUGGGAGCUCGGCCUCCCCUCGCCCGCCGAGCUGACGCCCGUCUCGCAGCCGCUCAUCCCGCCGGCCCUCGCCGCGGCCUUCGGGAUCGGCCCCGCGGACGCGCUCGCCUCCCCCGCCGACGCCGCCGGCUUCCUCCACGACUCGCCCACCUCCCACCUGGCCCCCAGGUUCGACGAGUACGACGAGGAGGACGAGGAGGAGGGCGAGGGCGAGGACGAGGAGGCCGCCGCCCCCGGGGGCCGGAGGGGCGGCGGGAAGAAGGCGCGGAUGGUGUGGACGCCGGAGCUGCACCACCGGUUCGUCGAGGCCGUCGAGCACCUCGGCGAGAAGGGCGCCGUGCCCAAGGCCAUCGUGCGCCUCAUGAACGUCGACGGCCUCACGCGGGAGAACGUCGCCAGCCACCUCCAGAAGUACCGCCUCUACCUCAAGCGCUCCAGCCCCGGCGCCGCCGCGCCCUCCCCGCCGCCGCCGCCCUUCUUUCCCCGCUUCGACGUCCAGCGACCGCAUCAGGGCUCCGCCAACCGGGGCGGCUACUGCGCGUAUCCGUACGUUUCCUACCAGAAGCUGGGAUGCGAUUAAGCGCAGUAAGCUCGAUCAAUGCUAUUUCCCCGCGGGUUCCCCGCACUGGAAAUCGUUUUGAAUUUUGUCUUCCAUAGAAAACAAAUGGCAAACACGAACAGUGUAUGAGAUUCAGACUUUUGAAUCCACCCUGUCGUUUGAAAAACGGAGUCUCCUAUACAUGUACUGCCAUCGAAAGACCCUGGCGGCAAACAUUUGAGGCACAGGUACAAUCCAUUUUCAUACACCAACUGAACCCAGAACCUAAAGCUGCCAGGCUAAGUUUGCAAUUUCUUUACUAGAUUAUUGUAUAGAGUAGCAUGUUUUUGCUUCGUUCUUUGGUUGUUUAUAAAUCAAAAGCUUGUAUGUCCGACAGACGUGUGAUUCGUUGUUGCUAUAAUCAAAAGGUUAUGUGUGUACAUGGCGAAAUUUUGUGCCUAUUUUCAGUAAUGCGGUUGGGAGAUACUGGAAGGAACUUGAAGACCACACCAGCUUCUCUUCAGUUCACCGAGGCAACUUCAGCUGCCUAGUUAGUUCCAAUAACUAGUUCUGAAUGGCUGUUGGAGUUUUCUGCAUUCAUCUUUGCUGGAGUCGAUUUGGAUUGGGUACUUGCAGCAAAAUCGAUUUCUCCUUACAAACAUACAUGUACUGUCACAUACUAAUUAACAAGCAUACAAUACAAGGAUGUACCAUGUCGAUUCUGUGGUUUGGAGUUUAUGACUAAAUCUGAAUCUAGUACUGUCUUCCAGAUUCA